AUGUUUGCUGGAAACGGAACACCCGGUCUUCUUCCGAGUGUUGUUUCUCCUCUUCUGACCCCUCAAUUCGUUCCUAAGGGAUCUAUCAGUUUUCCGGCUUAUACUUGCAUUACACCAAAUACUACCAAGUCCCAGCAAAUUAGAAUACUAAGUUACGAAUCACCGAUGCUGUCUUGCACUACGUACAGAGAGGGAUGUGCCAGUGACUUGGAUUCAAACAAGUUGGACCUAAACAAAUUGGACUUGAAUUAUUCUGUCAAUGGAGGAGUUUCUUCAUUUGGAAUCAAGUACAACAACAACAGCAGCAACAGCAACAGGAACUCCGAUGGCUUAACUACUACAAAUACCUCAUCCAUUUCUAACGUUUCCAAUAUUUUGGAUAGCUGUGCUUCAGAGAAUUAUAAGAAAUGGUUGUCCAGCCACUAA